UCCACCGGAUUGCAGCUUCGAAAGUGGCGACCUCUGCAGUUGGAUCCAGAUGUCAGACGAUGAUUUUGAUUGGUCAUUAAGGCGGGGAAGGACGCCCACUGGAAGAACUGGACCUGAUGCUGACCAUUCAUAUGGAAACACUUCCGGAACCUACAUCCAUAUAGAAUCUUCUAACAGGCUUUUCAUGGAAAGGGCGAAAAUAGAGAGUCCGAUAAUGAAUUCGUUCCUCCUCGGUCAAAACCAAUGCGAGUUCAGUCUCUACUAUCACAUGUACGGAGAUGAUGUCUGGGAGUUAAGGGCAUGCGUACAGAUGUUGGCGGACGGUAGCUGUUUCCAAGGCAACCCAGUUGUCGCAAGUUCCAACCAGGGAAAUAUAUGGAAAAAAUACACGCAGGCACUCCCCGCCUCACAGGGGCAGUUUAAGGUUUUCGAGUAUUUCCACCUGUGCCAUACAAGUAACAAUAGCAAGACCCCUACACAAGGUACCAGGAUACAGAUAACUGAUAUAAGUGUUACUGUGGCAUUCAUCCCAUGA